AUGACAAUCACUACAGCAUCUUCUCCCUUGUUGCGCCGAGAAAGAUCAUUUCAUUUCCUUCAUUUUAACCUUCUUUUAAUUCUACUAAUUAUUUUUCACUUCUUAUUUAUUGUCUUUUUACUCUUACUACUUCUUCUCUUCGCCCAGAACCUCCUCCUCCCUCUUCUUCUAUUUAUCCUUUUUUUCUUUCGCUCAGUUGUUUUUCUUUUCUUUCUUCUUCUAGUGAUAUUCUUUUUGUUUUUAUCCUUCUCAUACCUCUAUUUCUUUUUUGUUUUGUUCUUGUAUUCCUCCAUUUUUCCUUCUAAAUAUAAUGUUUGUUGCCGUUCUUUUCAUUGCAGUUCUUCUUCUUCUCUUAAUUCUUCUUUUUUUCUUCUCUUCUUCAUAAAUCUUUUACCCCGACUGAUAAUUAACUUUCUUUUCUUCCUAUUUCUUUAUCUACUGACUUCUUCUUCUUCUUCUUCUUCUUCUUCUUCUUCUUCUUCUUCUUCUUCAAAUUCCUUUUCUACUACUAUUACUACUAAUAUGUUUGUUGCUCUUCUUCUUCUUCUUCAAAUUCUUCUUUUCAUUUCUUAUACAUAUUUAUUUUAUUCACUCUUCUUCUUCAUCUCAUUCUUCUUAAUUUCUUUACGUCUAAUUAUUUUAUUUUCUUUCUUCUCCCAUCCAUACAUCUAUUUCCUACCCCUUUUAUUUUUCUAUCCUUUUUCUUACUUCGAUUCCUUAUAUUUUUUUCGUUCUUUUAAUUCUUCUUCUUUAACUUCGCCAUCUAUUUGUUUCUUCUUUAAAUUAUAUUUCUUUUUCUUCUUCUUCUUCUUCCAAUCUUAUUUUUACUGCAACUUAUAA